CACUCCGCUCCGCUGUGCGCUGCGUCUUUAACUGUUCCCCAACUCCUCCUUCUCGUUCAGUGACAUGCCCUCCGGUCUGCAUACUCCUUUUACUUCGGUCUGCCUCUCAUAGCGGUUACUGGAAAUGACACACGGGAGGCGGUCGAAAGGCAAAUUUCCAAAAAUAAUGUGCUGUAGUUAUGAUUCACCUGGAAGCCACAUUUUGAUCAGAUUUAUAAAACCAGACAACACUUAGCCUAUAGGGUCUUUUCAGUAAUGGGACGCAGUAUCAAACGGUCUGAGAGAAUAUCGUUAAUGUGUUGAAGCCUGGUGGUGUGUUGAUUCCGUCUACCAGUCCGGGUGAGCUGCUGCUGUAUCGUGGGACGACCGGGAUCAGAGCGGACGGACGUGGUUCUGUCCAUAUCCACACGAGUAGAAGUUUAGCGCCGUGAUUAUUUUUUUUUGGCCCGCGCGUUAGUGCAAAGAGCCGCAUCUAUAUUUCCCUAAUGAAAAUUACUCUUUGGAAGGGUUCCCGGGUCGUGACAGAGAUGAUGUCGAGUAAAAGUGUGGAAUGGCUUCAAGAGGAACUUGAGUCCGGGCUCGGGGUGAGCUCGCUACUGCUGCUGGACUGCCGAUCGCACGAGCUCUACGAAUCUUCACACAUAGAGUCGGCCAUCAAUCUGGCGAUUCCCGGUUUGAUGCUGCGGAGACUAAAGAAGGGGAAUCUACCGAUCCGGUCCAUCAUUCCCAACAACGAGGAUAAGGAGAAAUUCGUAAAGCGGUGCAAAACGGACAUGAUUCUUCUCUACGACGAGGCCACUACGGACUGGCAGGAGACCGGGCUGGUGAGCUCUGUCCUCGGCUUGCUGCUGCAAAAGCUCCGGGAUGACGGCUCCAAGGCGUUUUACCUGGAAGGUGGAUUCAACAAGUUCCAGACAGACUACCCAGAACACUGUGAGAUCAACCUUGACUGUUCCUGCCCCAGCAGUUCCCCGCCUGCGUCUGUCCUGGGGCUGGGGGGGCUGAGGAUCAGCUCUGACUGUUCUGAUGGGGAGUCAUCGGACAGAGAACCGGUCAGCGCCACCGAGUCCGAGGGCAGCCCUCUCCCCAACAACCAGCCUGCCUUCCCGGUCCAGAUCUUACCGUACCUCUACCUGGGCUGUGCCAAAGACUCCACCAAUCUGGACAUCCUGGGGAAGUAUAAUAUUAAGUACAUCCUGAACGUCACGCCCAACCUGCCCAACAUGUUUGAACACGACGGAGACUUCAAGUACAAACAGAUCCCCAUCUCCGAUCACUGGAGCCAAAACCUCUCGCAGUUUUUCCCAGAGGCCAUUUCUUUCAUUGAUGAAGCUCGUUCCAAAAAGUGUGGUAUCCUGGUGCACUGCCUGGCAGGGAUCAGUCGCUCGGUAACGGUCACCGUGGCAUACCUGAUGCAGAAGCUUAACCUGUCGCUCAACGACGCCUACGACUUCGUCAAACGCAAGAAGUCCAACAUCUCUCCCAACUUCAACUUCAUGGGUCAGCUUCUGGACUUUGAGAGAACGUUAGGGCUCAAUAGCCCAUGUGACAACCACACCUCCACCAAUGACCAGCUGUUCUUCACCACGCCAACCAAUCAUAACGUGUUCCAGCUCGACACGCUGGAAUCUACAUGAAAAGGAGGAGGGGCGAGACUUGAGCGGCCAACUUGGAUGUGAAUGUUUAUCUUCUGAUCGUCAGAGGCUGGCUGGCUUUGACAGCGGAUAGUCUGGGAUGGUGGAUGGACAUGGGAAGAGGACAGGGGCAGAACAGAUGCCAAAUGGAAGUCUGUUUGACUUGUUGAAUCAUUGGUCUCUCAGAGAGGAAGAGGAGGAAGCCUGUUCUUCUGUUUCAUCUCCACAGUGGUUUGGGAAGCGCCUUAUCUUGUCAUCUUUUUGACCAGCCUGUUAUUUUAUGUCUAAGGAAGGAAGAAGUCCUAGAUGUAGACUGAUUCAUGCUGCAGUACAGAACUGUACAGAGAAUCAUACAAAGAUGGGUAACGCAGAUAGAUGGAUUUGCUACAGUCAUUCAUUGAUUCAUUGUCGUCCUCUUGGACAAGCUCCUCAUCAACAACGUCUUGAUGAUGAUGAUGUGUUGGAGGGUCUUGGAUUCACCCGUAUGGAGCUGGUCUCCCUCUAUUGAAUGUUGGUCAAAUUUUUUUACAAACUUAAGUUAUUAUUAAAACAUUACACAAAUCUGUUCAAGUGAUGCUAAUAACAAUGUAAUUACAAGUACGUAUUAUCAGUAUGAAUGUAUGUAUGUAUGCAUUUGUAUAUUUGAAUAUAUUUACACACAAAUGUAUGUCUACUACUACUACUACUACUACUAUACUCUUACCUGUACAAAAACACACUGACAGCUGAAGGAGAUAUUAUAACUAAAGAGAAAACAGACCAACAGAAAGUAACCUUUUGAUAAUA